AUGCCAGGCGAUUUGGUGUAUGUGGCAGAAGCUUUGCUGGCGCGCCAUGAGAAAAAUCGUGAGGAGGAGGCGGAACGGCGGCACAAGGCCAAAGCCUCGAAUGCCUUGCGACGCAUGGCGCGGGGCCACCGCCUGGAUGAGACAGAGCAAGGUGCCACGUUGCAACAGAAAGACAUGGAAAUUCGGAACUUGAAUUCGUUGGAUGUUAGAUCUGUUCGCUAA